AUGGGUGCGGUACAAACAAGGACAGAGGCAAUCGACAACAUCUUCAAGAUCAACAGACUCGACCCGAAAAAGGACAAACUCGUCUUGAAAAACCUUUUGAAUUACCAACGGUUUGUGAGACGGGACUACAACUUCGAGUUCAACCACAUCGCUUCUCUUUAUUUCCUCGACAAACGGAAAAACGGGUAUUUCCUCCGUGACGAUUUGAUCGAAUUUGCAGGUCUCUUUGUCCAGUUCAAGACAAAGAACGAGCAGGACUAUCUCAGGAAAUUCCAAGCUUACGCAUCGACGCAGUUUUGGAAGGAUUUAAAAGACGGCCAAGGGCAGUCCAGCGUCGCUGAGUGGAUGCUUAAACUUUUCAAAGAGAGUUGUGGAAUAAAGAUUCUUGAAUCUUCAAAGGAUAUGUUUUUCACAUCAUCAGCAAUUCAAGAAAUAUACCAAGUGCUCCGUGUUGAAGACUAUAGCGGAGUGAGUUUUGAAGUAUUCAUUCGGUGGUUUCAAAAAGUCGCGGAAGACUCGGGACAGUUCGAGCUUCUCAACCCGGAAUUCGACGACGUCGUUCCGAUGUUGGUUGUCGCUGAGUUUUUCAGAGAUUUUUUGGAUGAGUGUUACUCAUAUCUUCAGAACAUCCUUCAGACGACAGCGACAAAGAUAUGA